AUGUCAGCAAAACCAAUCAAUGAAUAUUCUGGCAAAGAAUUGCUUUAUCGUGCAUUGGAGCAUGUCCAAACUUUGGCUAAACCAAAGGCAGUUAAAUUAGACGAGGGAGACACAUUUAAUGAUGCCAUUCAAAACUGCGAGUGGCUGAAAACUGAAAAAAAAGGAGUAAUCAAACCAGACCAACUUAUAAAGCGCAGAGGAAAACACUCGCUUGUUGAAAUUGGGACAACUGAUGAGUUGAGCAAGUGGUUUAAUGAGAAGAAAGGACAAUACAUUCAGAUUGAAAAAACAAGAGGUCGACUUUCAAAAUUUAUCCUCGAACCGUUUGUUGAACAUUCUCAAAAAGAUGAACUUUAUUUGGCCAUAUACAGUCAAAUGAACAAUGACGUUAUUUUGUUCCUUGAAGAAGGUGGUGUUGAUAUUGGGGAUGUUGACUCAAAGGCUCGCAGACUUCUUGUUCCUGUGAAAGAAAAGGAUGAGGAAAUGCAAUUAAAUGACAAGGAAUUAAACGAACUUUUGGGUAAAAAUUUGGAUACAGCAAAGAAGAGUCUUGUUUUGCCAUUUAUCAAGGAGUUGUAUGAAGUUUAUAAGAAGAAUCAUUUCACAUAUUUGGAGAUUAAUCCUCUUGUUGUCUGUUCUGGAAAAAUCUAUAUAUUGGACUUGGCUGCAAAACUUGAUGAGACUGCUUCAUUCCUUUGUUCUGAAUUGUGGAAGACUCGCGAUGGCGAAGAAAUUGAUUUUCCUGCUCCGUUUGGUCGUGACCUUGCUAAAGAAGAGAAGCAUAUUGCCGAAUUGGAUGCAAAAACGGGUGCCUCCCUUAAAUUGACUAUUCUCAACCGAAGUGGACGAAUUUGGACUAUGGUUGCUGGUGGUGGAGCUUCUGUUGUUUUCACUGACACAAUUUGCGAUUUAAAUGGUGCAUCAGAAUUGGCAAAUUAUGGAGAAUAUUCAGGCGAUCCAAGCGAGUCACAAACUUUUGAAUAUGCAAAAACCAUUCUCUCCAUAAUGACUGAGGGAACUCCACACCCCAACGGGAAAGUUUUAAUAAUUGGUGGAUCUAUUGCAAAUUUUACUAAUGUUGCAGCAACUUUUAAGGGAAUUAUAAAUGCUAUUGAGACAUUCGCCGAAAAACUUCGAAUGCAUAAAGUCGUUAUUUUUGUUCGUCGUGGUGGUCCAAAUUACCAAGGAGGCCUUCGCAAAUUUAAAGAAGCAGCUUCUCGUCUUGACAUCCCAAUACAUGUUUUUGGACCAGAGACGCAUAUGACUAGCAUUGUUGGUGCAGCUCUUGGGGUCAAGCCAAUUCCAGAAGCUUCUCUUGCGCCUCACACAACGGGACAGUUUUUGUUGACUCCUGGACAUGUUGAGAAAAGUGAUUCUUCUACUUCACAAACUCAAACUACUGAUUCCUCAAUGAAAACUAAAUCAAAUGGAUCUGUGAGAAAUAGUGAAAUGACAACAACUGCUGGUGUAACUGCUAAUGAGAUUUCUCAACAAAUUCACAGUCUUUUUGAAAAUAAUACAAAAGCGAUUAUUUGGGGACAACAAACACGAGCCAUUCAAGUUGUUUUUUCAAUUUUUUUGUUAUCAGUUAGAGUUUAG